UCCACUCGUAUUCAAUCUCUCUCUUUCUUGUUUCCGCACAUAGAUACAUGGACUCACCCUCUCGCUCCUCCGUCAUCAUCGUCGGAGCUGGUAUCUCCGGUAUCUCUGCGGCAAAAGUUUUAGCCGAGAACGGAAUAGAAGACCUGGUGAUUCUGGAGGCCUCCGACCGUAUCGGCGGUAGGAUCCGGAAGGAAAAUUUCGGAGGCGUGUCGGUGGAGCUCGGAGCUGGGUGGAUCGCCGGAGUUGGUGGCAAAGAGUCUAAUCCUGUUUGGGAACUCGCUGCCAAAUCUGGCCUCCGAACCUGCUUCUCUGAUUACAGCAAUGCGCGCUACAAUAUUUAUGAUCGCAGCGGGAAAAUCUUUCCGAGUGGAAUCGCUGCCGACUCCUACAAAAAGGCGGUGGACUCGGCGAUUCAGAAGCUGAAGAACCAGGAUGCCGAUCACGGUGGUGAUGUCAGCAAAAUAACAGAGUCUCCUUCGUCGCCAAAGACCCCAAUAGAGCUGGCCAUUGAUUUUAUCCUACAUGAUUUCGAAAUGGCAGAAGUGGAACCAAUAUCUACAUACGUAGAUUUCGGGGAGAGAGAAUUUUUAGUUGCGGAUGAACGAGGGUAUGAGCAUCUGCUCUACAGAAUGGCUGAAGAUUUUCUCUUCACUUCAGACGGUGUAAUCUUGGACGAUCGCCUCAAGCUUAACAAGGUCGUCCGGGAAUUGCAGCACUCGAGAAGUGGCGUUACCGUAAUAACGGAGGAUGGUUGCAUUUUCGAGGCUGACUACGUGGUUCUAUCUGUUAGUAUUGGCGUUCUCCAAAGCGAGCUCAUUGCCUUCAACCCGCCCUUACCUAGGUGGAAAUUGGAAUCCAUAGAGAAAUGUGAUGUCAUGGUCUACACUAAAAUCUUUCUGAAGUUUCCGGACAAGUUCUGGCCAAGUGGACCCGAAAAGGAAUUCUUCAUUUAUGCUCACGAGCGGAGAGGCUAUUACACAUUUUGGCAGCACAUGGAGAAUGCUUACCCUGGUUCCCACAUAUUGGUUGUGACAUUGACAAAUGAGGAAUCGAAACGUGUAGAAGCUCAAUCUGAUCAAGAGACCCUAAAAGAAGCUAUGGCGGUUCUUAGGGACAUGUUUGGACCCAACAUACCAAGUGCCAUUGAUAUAUUUGUUCCCCGCUGGUGGAAUAAUAGGUUCCAGCGUGGCAGCUACAGCAACUAUCCCAUUAUCUCUAACCCGCAAAUUGUGCAUAAUAUUCAGGCCCCAGUAGGUCGCAUUUUCUUUACUGGAGAGCACACAAGUGAAAGAUUUAAUGGCUACGUCCAUGGUGGAUACCUCUCAGGUAUCGACACCAGCAAAGAGUUGCUAGAAGAAAUGAGGAAAGAGAAGGAAAGAAAAAAUGAGAACCAAACUUUAUUAUUUGAACCUUUGCUAGCAUUGACUGGUUCAUUGACCCUGUCACAACCAGACACGGUCUCCAACAUCCACAAAUGGGAUAUUCCUACACAAUUAUACCUCAGUGGCAAGCUUGGAAUCGCAGAGGCCAUAUUGUGAAUAUAUGGUGCACACAAUAAUCAGAAAACCCGCGAAGAAGAUGACGACGAUAAAAAAUGCAUUAUGACUUACCAGAAUCAUCUAGGCCCGGCAGGUCUUGAUCCCAAGUCAUUUCUUCAACCAAGCCUUUACUUUGGUGCCAUUGGUAUUGCAGAUUAGCAUAAUUCAAAGGAGGAAAGUCUUGGGCAGAUCCUUUCUAGUAAAAGAUAUAUACACUGAGUCAGUCAUAGGGAUCCACAUAAUCUAUUUGAUAUGUUUAUGUGUAUCUUUAUUAUUGACUGAGUUGGCAACUUGGCAUAUUAUUCUUAGACUGAAUUUACUUGAAUUUCUUUCCACAAGAAAUUAUAAUGGUGAAGCAGUGAGGCGAUGAACAAGCAGGGGGAAAAUCUUGCUCGGAUCUCUAGUGGUCACCGGUUUCUGCUAAUGAAACUGACUUGGUUAUAUUUAUUUUUUUCCAGAGGGGCAAUUCAUUGUUUUAUGUGUAGUUAUCAAAGCUUUGUUCUUUGUAGUCAGAAGAUUA